AUGUCUUUCUUCAAGUCCUCUAAGAAGCAGUCCACCACUGUCCCUGCCCCUGCCUUAGCUCAUGGCCCUGCCCCUGCCUUAGCUCAUGGCACUGCCCCUGCCUCAGCUCAUGACCCUGCUCCUCCGCCAUACUCCCCUCAAGGCCCAGCACAAGAGAAAGUCCCCAAACAAGCACCCAAGAUGACCGAGCAAGAGGCGUUUUCAUCACUCAUUAAUCUAGCGUAUGGUGCACCGGAUAAGGAUAUGAACCUAGGAUCAGCCCUUGCCAUUUUUUAA